AAGCAAAACGCAAAAACUAAAAACCAAAAUCUAAAAUUAUCAAUAUUGCUUUUUAAGAAGACUAAAAUCUACUGCAAAAUUAAAAACCAAAAUCUAAAUUUAAAAUCCAAAACCCAAAAACUAAAAAUAGAAACAAAAAUCAAAAAAUCUAGAAACCAAACAAACAAUCAUCAAGUAAAUUGUUAACUAUAAUAGUACAGGUAAGUGUUUCAAAAAAAAUAAUAAUAAUAGUACUGGUAUUUCCUGUAUUUUUAAAUAAUGUGUGGUCAUAAUUAAUUGGUCACUUCUUUUUGACGGUAAUAAUUAAUUAAAUUGUUUAAAUAAUUACAAUUUACAAGGUUUCCCUAUAAGGCUUAGGCCACUAAACGGCCCACAAAGAAGCUUCUAAUACUGAUUUAACUUUUAUAUAUAUUCGCAGUACUUAAGAUAACUGCACAGACACUUGUUCUUCUUCAACGGUCUCUUCCACUUUUUGGGGAAGAAAAACUAAACGAUGGCAGAUGGUUUUGGCUACGGCAGUUUCUCCGGAGCACCGUACCCGUUCUGGCUUUCGUCUCCGUCUGCUUCUCCGUUUCCUGCAACCUAUCCGUCUAAUUUAACCCAAGGAGGAGGGUUUGAUCCGACGAUUUCUCAUGGCUCUUACCACCGAUCGCCAUCUGAUCGGUCGAGUAACCCUUCUCUAACUCAGAUGCCUUCUUCAUCGUGUUACGUUAAAAACGGAGGAAGUUACGGUCCCAGGGGUGAAGAUUCGUAUACAUACAUGAUACCACCGAGUGGAUUACACCACCCUUCAUCAUCUGAUUAUUUAUUAGAGACUCAACGCUUUGACCGCAUUCCUUAUAAAUCAGACAUGCUAGUCAGAAACUCUCAGGAACCAUUCUAUUACCCUGAUAAUAUUCAAUCCAGCUUCCCCGGUUCUUCUGUUGAACCUGUGCUUGGAUAUGGUGAAGCCACUGGUCAUGUCAAGCCAGAUCUUCGCAAUGAGACAGUUGGCUCAGCAGGUUUAAGAAGUCCUCGAGCUUCCCACCCGCUACAAUUUGAUAGCAAGUCCUCGGAGAAACGAGAAGGUAGUGGCGUCUCCUCCCUUUAUCAGACGCCAAAAACUUUCCUUGCUGACAGUGAGAAUGGUGUUUCUGAAACCUCCUUGGAGAAUGCUAUUGACGAUUUAAAUUGUGAUGAGCAUAGAUCCUGGAACCACUUCAUGGUAUCUUCUUCUGAGGGACCUUCAGCUCCUACUAUUAUGUUUUCUGUAGGAAGUGUUGCAGUGAAAGCCGGUAACGGAAAUGCAGCUCAAUCAGCUGUCAACCGUAAAGCCCCUUCCGAUGGUAGUGCUAAUCGAGAUGUUCAAGCCAGUGAAAAGACAUGUCAAUUACCCGAAAGGCAUUUAUGGGAUCAAGGAACUUCUUGUCCAAGAGUGACUUCCGUGGUUAAUGCCAUGCAUAAUCUGUCAGAGGUGCUUGUUUAUGAAUGCUUCAACAAUGGGACCUGGCUGAAAAAGGAACAACUUGACAACCUUGAUAAAGUAGUUGAGAAUCUCACCAAGUGCUUAAACAAAAGCACCGGUAACAAGACAAUAGCAGCGGAAGCAUCAAUUCCAACUCAAGCUAUGCAUGUUUCUUGUCCAAACGUGGUUGACCUUAAUGAGGCCUCAAAUGUAGUUGCUAAAGACCGUGAAGGGUUUAGUGUCAAGCCAUUGGAUAGUUUUGGCUUGAAAGAGCUGGUGGAUAAGGAUAAGUAUGAGAAUGAGAUGACCCAGAGUAUUAAGAACAUACUUGCUUCCAACUUUCCUGAUGGUGAAGAAAACCACCCACAAACUCUCUUGUACAAGAGCCUCUGGCUUGAAACUGAAGCUGCCUUAUGUUCCUCAGCUUGCGUGGCUAAGUACAGUCGCAUCAAGAAUGAGAUUGAUAAUCUCAAAUUGCAGAAUAGAGAGAUCUCUGCAGGUGCAUCAACCUUUAUGCAAGAACCUUUUCUUAACUCCCAGAAACCAGUUUCCAUUAUGAACAGUGCAGAGCAGGAAACGACUGAUUCACUUAUCAAACACGGAAGCAAUAGUGGGAAAGAUAUAGUAACAAUGAGUCAUGCACCACAAAGCUUUAGAUUCAACUCUGAUUCCGUUUCUGCAGUACCAUCAGUUAUGUCCAGAAGCUUUUUUGGUGGUUUAGAACAGGAACAUCAUGGAAACUUCAAGCCUGAUACUGCAAUCUUUGGAAAGAUACGGGACGCAAUACAGCAGGAAUCCUCUGGAUUCACCACAGAGGAAAAACAUAUAGAUGUUAUAGACAGGUUUCAGAUUCUGAAGCAGCAAGAAACAAAGCGCAAACUCAUGUCUCAGAACUGCUCAGAGGCAAGAAUUGGUGAUCAGGAGGAGAAUCCAGAAGCUUCUGAGGUGGCUAAUAUUGGCAGGAGCAGCCAAAUGAGUGAUGUCAUGGAUAGGUUCAAGAUGCUUAAACCUGAGCAAGUUGAGGAAUCUCUCAACCGCUUGGACACAGAUUCAGAUUCUGACAAGGACCAGCCAAGAAACAAGACACAAAUUUGUGACCAUCUUUGGGAGUCGAUGAUGAUUAUCGGUGGAAAUUCUGUGAAAGAGACGUGUGCCAGUACUGAAGAACCAUCUGCAUCCGGCGAAGGCUACGAGAGCCCGAUCUCGGAUUGGGAACAUGUCCGCAAGGAUAAUUGAGUACUGCAACUUCCUUGGACAAGAAGUUUCGAUCGUUUUUAUGGGUAGUGAAUAAAUAAAUAAUUGAGUACUGUCCUCUUAGUGAGCCAAUCUUUUCAUUUCUCAACACACCAGUGUUAUCACACAAAACGUCCUAUAAGAUUACUUUGUUUAUAAUGCUAGUAUAUACAAAUAAA